AUGUCUUCUCCAAGCCAAUCCGCCGAUGCGCGGCGUAAUCCUCCCUCCUCACCCUCUGAGCAGCAUCAGCGUCAUCGCAGCUUGUCUCAGAUCCAUCCAAGCCAAUCCGCAGGUCCACGGCCUGAUCCUCUCUCUUCCCUUGAGCAGCGACAGCGUCGUCACAGCUUCUCCCAGUUCCUCUUGCGUGGUGACACUGGCUUUAGCACUGGUCUGUCCAGCCCUUCUUCUGGCUCAGACCCCGGUCCCCAGACAACUUUGAAUGAACUCAUCAACGACUCUGCCUCUGGAUCUGCCCCGACCUCUACAACUGACGACUCAAACCUGUCCGCAGCGACAACUCUCGUUGAAGCGCUUGUUGAUCUUCGUCGUGUGCACGCAGCCACAGACUUGACUUCCUUGCUGGCCUAUCCCCAGAUCACGGACGUUCGCAACUCUGACACUGACGCUCUUGACAUCGAGCACAACUCUGCAACCACCCGAUCACAAGACAAUUCAUUUGAGCCUGAAUGCGCUGAUCGCCAAGCUGCAAACCAAGCAAACAAUUCAGUCAACAGCGCUUCACUCUUCUGGUCUGAUGAGCCAAGCUGGAGUUUUCACAACAUCCCUGGUCCGACAGUAAAUUCUGCAUAUGACCUGCCAAAUUCGCUCCCAACACGAACACGUCCAAAUUCUCUGACCACUCCAAGUCAUUUAAGUUCGCCACCACAAGUUCAUUCAGACUCAUCAUCCACUCCAAGUAGUCCAAGCUCGCCAAUCACGAAUGGCUAUCUGAGCUCACUGUCUACUCCAGAUCUUCCAAAGUCGGUGUCGCCUCAAGAGCGUACAAUCUCACCAAGCACACCAACUGUCGAUCCUCGUCGCCGCGUCAAUCCACUGUUCCCUCGCCCAGAUCAAGUGACAGGCACGAGUCAAGCGUCACAACCAAGUGACGUCAUCAUGACUCGUCGCCUCCGUCAACGAGAACCAGGCCGUCGCGUCUUCACGACACCCAUCCCAGCCAACCAUGAUGGGGGUCAUCGGUCUGCGACCGACCCAGACGUUGGCGGGUCUCCGGGCCUGCGACGUGUGGGCCGGUCUGGCUCACUGCGGUCCCUGGCGAGGGACCAGGCCGAGGCCGAUGCCACGACCGUUGCCUCUGAGGAGGCUGAAGACGACGACGGGGCUUCGGCCCAGGGGGAAUGGCAAGCCCCUGAAGACUAUUUGUCUUCAGGUGGCGAGGACGACGACGACGAGGAGGGCGGGCGCGUCAAUCUUGAUGAGAUUGACGCCCCGGUUGCGGAACAGCUUCGCGCCGGGCUCGCUCACUUGAGCGAGGUCCGCGUCGAGAUCGACGUCCUCGACGGUGAUCUCCCUAUCGGCGCUGCCAGGGGCAACCACGCGGCCGUUCGUGCCCGCACGGAUCUCGUUCUUGCAGAGGGCGAGAUCCGGGGUGCGAUCGGUUCGCUAUGGAGGUCGCUCCUGGAGGCGAGGGAGAUCGCCGUCGAUGCCGAAGCUGGCAUUCGGCGGCUACAAGACGAGGUCGCCCGCCUCGCAACCGACGUCCUCGAGUCCCGACUCGAAGCCGCUCUCGCAAGCGAGCGUGCGGUCUCCAAUGAGGCUCUCCUUGAGAGGGCUCAGUUGGAGAUCGCCGUCCUGCGCGAGAGACUUCGAGAGCGGGAGCUCUGA